AUGGACGGGGCCGGGAGACAGCAGGUGCACGCCCUACUUCCCGUCUGCCUCGCCCUGGCCUUCUCCCUCGCCGCCCUGGGCAGCAGCCACUGGUGCGAGGGGACCCGCAGGGUGGCAAAGCCUCUGUGCCAGGACCAUCCGGGAGGGCUAGGAUGCAUUCAUCUCAACAGGGGCCACGGCGGUGGCAGGAGGGACGACGAGAGCCAGGCCGUCCAGUACAUUUGGGAGACGGGAGACGACAGGUUCAUCCAGAGCCGGUUCCACGUGGGGCUCUGGCAGUCCUGUGAGGAAAACCUCGGCAGCGCAGGUGAAAAGUGUAGAAGUUUCCAGAGUAUAAUACCAGCUGAAGAACACGGACUUUUGUGGCUGUCCAUUGGGGCCGAGAUCCUGAACAUCCUUCUGGUGUUGACGAGUGCCGUCCUCCUGGGCUCCGGAGUGAGUUCUCAGAGCGCUGGUUUCCGCUGGCUCAAGGUGGAUGCUUCUGUAGCCAUCCUCACGGUGCUCGCAGGGCUCCUCGGGAUGGUGGCCCACAUGAUGUACACAACCAUCUUUCAAAUCGCUGUGAACCUUGGUCCCGAAGACUGGAAGCCUCAGACGUGGGACUAUGGCUGGUCAUACUGCCUCGCGUGGGGUUCUUUCGCGCUCUGCAUGGCUGUGUCGGUCAUGGCCGUGAACAGAUACACGGCAGCCCGCCUGGAGUUCACAGAGAAGCAGAGGGUACGGAAAGGCAGUAAGCACUCUCAACACAAAUUCCCGGAACCCAAGGCUUCGGAAAGUGUUCGGGAAAUGGAAGCUCCCAGCCCUGCCGGGCAUGCCCUUGUGAGUGCAUCUGAGCACCUGCCACCAAAUGCCCCAGGGAAGGUGUCCAUGUGCUAGCCACAACCUACCAGCUCUGCAGAGGCAGACCAGCCAGGCACUUACGUCCACAAUGAACAUCUCUGGGGUGGACUUCAGAAGGCUGUGGUCUGGGUAAACUUUCUACCCAUCAUCUUACCCUUCAUUAAACACCUUUGGCUUCAGCUACUGAUUCCUGGUAAAAUGCCAGUAUCUUUAAGUGAGAUCACUCUUACAGAAGAUAUCAACCAUUGACACUCUAGUAUAAAUCAGCACCUCAGGCUUUCCUGACAGUGAGUUUAAUCACGGUAACCAAAGGAGAUGGGACAUGUGAACACUUAGGGUAAGAAGUUUUGAAGACAGGGGAAAGCAAGAUUCUAACCACCAAAAGUAUAAAAUGUGUUGCCCGCACAUGUUUGUUGACGGGAGAGUAUCCAGAAAUUUUUUCCCUUAAUUAACAGACACAGAUUGAUAGCAUGUGUGACUAUCCCAUACUUCCUUUUUUUAUUUUCAUCAA